UUUUCUUCGGUGAUGCCCCGUCAAUCCCCAAGAGGCCGUCGGCCGAUUUUUUCUCCCCUUUCUUCCCGAUCCACCCCAUAAUACCGCCGCCGAUCACAAAUCCCUAAAAGAUCGUCCGCAGGAUCUGUUCGGCGCCGUCCAUGGACGACGAGUACGACGUAUCGUCCCGCUCUCCUUCCCCUUCUUCUUCAUCCCCCUUGCCUUUACCGCUCCCCAUCUCUAUCGCACGGCCAUCCUCCACCCCGCCGACAAACUCCCAGCCGUCAAAUCCAGUCACCGUUGCCUCGUCCUCUCCCCAUCAAAUCCUCACCCUCGCCCUCCCCAUCCAGCCCCCGCUGGGGUCUGCUGGCGGCGGCGGCGGCCGCGACGAUUGCUGGAGCGAAGGCGCGACCUCAGUGCUCAUCGAUGCGUGGGGCGAGCGAUACAUCGAACUCAGCCGCGGAAACCUCCGGCAGAAGCAAUGGCAAGAGGUAGCCGAUGUCGUGAGCAGCCGCGACGAUUACUCCAAAACCCCUAAAACCGACGCGCAGUGCAAAAAUCGCAUCGAUACCUUGAAGAAGAAGUACAAGGUGGAGAGAUCGAAGAUAGGGACUUCGUCUUGGCCCUUCUUCCACCGCCUUGAUCUUCUCCUCGGCCCAACACUGAAACCGUCGCCUUCUCCCGCCACCAUCCCCAAAAAGCAAAGGACGAAUUUGUCUGCGAAACGGAAGGUUUCAACUCCGGCGGCCUCGCCUUCGUCUACCUCCGACAGCUUACCCCCUGCGGCAAAUGGAGGGCGGAAAGCGCUGCCCGCGGAGAAGAUGCGGGAGCUCACACGGGCGAUUCUGAGGUUUGCGGAGGUGUACCAGAGGGUGGAGAGCUCGAAGCUGCAACAAUCAAUGGAGAUGGAGCGUCAGCGGAUGGAGUUCUCGAGGGAACUGGAGGAACAGCGCAUGCAUUUCUUUAUGAAGACACAGAUCGAGCUCUCCCAGCUGAAGCGCCACCGUCGCCCUUCCUCUGGAUCUGGCGGCGGUGGCAAUAACCACCGCCGCCGCCAUGGACACCAAACUCCGGCCAACCGUAAUAAUGACGGGAAUCAGAGCUUUGGGGGCGGAUUGAUGUGAAUCUGGGAGUGGAAGGUCUCUUCUUCGAUGAAUGUCUUUUGUUUUAAGCUGGUUGUUGUAAAAUUAUCCCCUUUCUUCUUGAUUUAGCUAAAGCUCAGUGCUUUGUAUGUAUUGUUCUGGUGAAGAUCUGAUCUUCUAUAUUAGUGGAUGAAUCUCUUUAAAUGCUC